AUUCAUAUUUUCAUUGACUCAUGAAUACAAGAAAAAGUGCACAAAGGAAUCAGAAUAACCAGAAUGUUUUUAUAAAAAUCGGCCAUGGAAGUAGAUCUGGACGAACAGGAUGAUGAAACAGACUGGGAAGAACUGGAAUCAAGAUUAUACAGCCAAAUAUACCAUGCUGCUCCUGAAGAAGAUGAUGACCCUGUCUUUUUGAAGACAAUAAACAUGAAUACAGAAACGAUGGGGAACAAAAAGAAGUAUCGUUAUUUUGAACAAGCUAAAGCUGUUCCAACAAGAUCACAUUUCCCUUUGCCAUCCUACUUAUCUCUUGAGAACACCACUCAGAAACCAGACAACUACAGUAUCUCCACAAUUCAGAAACAUGUCUCAGCUGCACAAACUGAGUCAAGAAGUACUAGCAGCAUAGCCCCAACUCAUGUUCAUAAUAAUAUAACUGUGAACCAGUACAGCAUUCCUCCAUUGAUUAUACAAUCUGAAGCAGUAUCCACUGAACCACUGUCAUUUUUUGCACCUUGGCAUGCUAAUGCUUUAAAAGUGAUUGAGAAAAAUAAAAUACUAGACAAAAAAAGGAAAAGAAAAGAUAAAUUACUGAGACGCAUAGAUAGAAGAAAGAAUAACCUUAGGCUUGCCAAUUUUAAAACAACUCAGAAUUCUGUAACUAUAUUUGUUGAUUCAGAUAUUUCUGAUGAUGAAUGUAUUGUAGUGGAGGAUGAGAGUGCCAAGAAACCAGACACAAAAAUUUGCACUGGAUUCCCGAAGAAAUAUGAUGAAAACAAUGGUGGUGAAAAACCAGAAGAUGAUGAUGAGAUAAUCUACAUUCCUCCACCUCCAGUUGAGGUUAUAAAUGUUGACUUGGAAGAAACUGAAAAAGUGGCUUCAGAAGGAGAUAUAGAUAAAUUGGAUGAUUCUUCAGCAAUUCCACAAAAAGAUAUUGUAGAAGAAUUGCUCAUAGAUAGAGAAACUCAAAUCCCCACUGGGGAAGAGCCUAAAGGAUUCUUAGGUAGUCCAAUCUCCACAUCCAAUGAUUUCCUAGAUAACAUCAGCCUUCAUGGGUCUGAUUGCAAUAAACGUGAUUUUGUUAAACCUCCCAAUCCUAUUGAGUAUUGUGAAACAGAAAGUAGUUGUAGUACAAAUGAGCAAAGCAGAGAUUUCAGUAAUACUGUCAAGACUAUAGUUUUUGAUGAAGUUGAUUUUCCAAGGGAAGAUAUAUUUUCAGAUAAUAAUUUAGAAGACUUUGGAUCAUUCAUUACUCCCAAAAGGACUACUAGGAACUCAAAAGGAAGUCCUUCCAAAGAAACCAAAGAAACUGAGCCACAUUCUGAAAAAAAUUUCACAUCUUCAGAUGAUUCAAGUUCUGAGAGUGAUUAUGAGGAGACAACUAAUGUGUCUAUGAGAAGGGGGACGAAUAAAAACUUACCAAAUUUAUCCCUGAUGAUGCCUCCAGAUACACCAAAGAAAGUUCCUAGAAAGAAGAAAAGUGCUUCUGACUUUUUCAGUAAUGAUAAUCCAGAAUCCAAGAAGAUGAAGUCCUCUCAGACUACUAAAAAAACUCCUAAGGCCAAGAGAAAACUGAAGAAAAAAAAAGUAUCAGGAAACACAAAACAAAGUGAAUUGGCAGAUGGAAUUGAUAGCAAAUUGUCUGCUGGGGAAAAUCAAGUUAGUUCAGAUAAGGAUAAAAAGAAAAAGAAGAAAAAACGCCAAUCUGAGGGUGAUGACAAUGCAAAUGAAACAACAUUCAAAGAAGGCAAACAGAAGAAAAGAAAAUCAUUGAAAUCUGAUGAUCUCACACAAGUUGCGAGUACACCUACUCCUACAGAAAAAACAAAGAAAAAAAAGAAAAAGAUCAGUACAUCAAAUGAUCAGGAUGCUGUAGCAGAAGAUCUAUUAGAGAAAAAAUUUGCAAAUUCAACUACUGAUACUGAAGAAAAUGCUGACAGUAAUCCAGAUCAGGCUGUUUCUUCAACUAACCUGAACCCUACAGAAAUUAUUCCUACUGAAGUUGAAAAACCCAUCAUCACAAGUACCCCAGAAAAAAUAAAUCCAGAGCUUUCCAAGAGUCCACUACCAAUUCCUGAAUUCAAUAUAUCUGACCUCAUAGUGGUGGAUGAAACAUUGAACAAGGAAGCUAUUGUAGAAAUUCUGUCUGAAUCAGAAUCUGAGGGCUGUGAUUUUCGAACUCUAGAUGAUGUUGGUGAUGAUAUGAAGUUGGCUAAUUGCUCAACUCAACAUGAAUCACUUUCAGAUGAAAAAGUAGUGCCUAUUGGAGGUGAUAAUGAAACAACAGUCCCCACUUUGGAUUACAUGAAUUUUGAUGUUGAUUUGAUACAAAAAAAUCAAUCAGAUGAUCCUGAAAAGUGGCAGAUAUCUCACAGAGACAGAUCCAUCUAUUUGAAUCUGGAUAGAGCUAGAGGUCCGAGGUGUAAUAGGUGUAGGCAUUUCGGCCAUAUUGGUAUAAGAUGUCCCGAGAAACCUAAUGCCCCGAGCUGCACCCUUUGCGGGGAACCGAACCACCAAGAACCUAGGUGUCCCAACAAAAGAUGCACUCAGUGCGGAAAUCAAGGUGAUUUUUCCACAAGCUACUGUUGGAAAUGCUUCAAAUUUCGACAUUCAUAUUGCAAGUUAUGCAAUAUGAGGGGUCACAUUGAAUACAGCUGUCCAGAUUUAUGGAGAAGAUAUCAUUCAACAACCGGCGUGGGACCGAUAGUAACGACCCAAGGGUCCAUCCUAGCCAGGGAGCAACAAUGGUGCUCAGGAUGCGCCGGCCAAGGCCAUCUGGAGCACGAAUGCGACUACUACAACCGCGAAUACCCCCCCACUACCCCUUUCAUCGUGCGAUACGACGACAAUCUAGCUCAUAGCGACAAUAGGAGAAGGCUAGAAGGGCCAUCCCAAUUUGUGGCGCCCAACGCACAGACUCCAGAUUUUUUGGCGCCCAACGUGCGGAAUCCAAAUUUUUUGGCGCCCAACGUGCGGAAUCCAAAUUUUUUGGCGCCCAACGUGCGGGAACCCGAGUUUUCGGCGCCCAACGUGCGGACACCCGAAUUUUUGGCGCCCAACGUGGGGCUCCUAACCACGCCAGAUUUACCGCUCCUGAGGGCUAACCCCUAUGCUAUGCCCUUGUUGUUUUUGCCCCAUAGAGUGAUGCAAAAUACCGUGGAGAUGGACCCGCGUUUCGUUGUUACGAUUCCCAACCCGAGAGCUUCUUCGAGGCCUAACAAUUUCGAUUUUAGUCACUCGCAUGUUGUCGGUGACACAGAGAUAGAUUUGACCGAUGGCACGAAAAUCAAGCACUUGAUCAUGUCAGCGCAAUCUAAUGUUGUCCAUGAGUUUAUCGUGAAAGAAUUGAACGAGUUGGAUAAUAAAGUUGCCAACUGCGAUUUGAAAAUGUUGAGGAAGAAGCUGUUCAAAUAUGACAGGAUGGUGAUUGAUAUAAAGCAAACUAAGGAAAUUAGGGAGAAACGUUUCUGGUUCAGGAUUUUUAAUAUGGCCAUAUUUGGGGUACGCGGAAUGUUCGAUGGUAAAAUGAACUAUAAUAUGCUGAAGAAUUUUCUGGGGCAGACGGAAAAUACGACUAUGUACACGUGGAAGCGCAAAGCACUGUUUGAUGCGUAUUCUUAUAUCUUCGGAUACGACAAGCGCAAGCUGAAUUAUUAUAAAGUGAUGCAACUGAUGAUUCAGAAACAGGAUGAAGGAAAACUUCAAAAGUUCACACAAUGUAGGUAGGCUUUCAAGCUGUCACAGGUCUUAUAUUUCACUGUUCAAAGAAUCAUAUUUUUGUUUAAAAAUAAAUUUGUUAUAUUUU